AUGGCGUGGCUUGUUGAAAGAUGGACAGCCUGUGUGGUCGGUUGGCGUUUCUACCACAAGAUCGUGAGCUAUCUCCUUUUCAAGCUGUACUACCGUGAGGUGACGAUAGUGGACCCGCACAGCGUGCUCAAGUCGCACGCGCAUGAUCGCUUGAUCUUCUGUUCGAACCACCCAACCGGCCUUCUCGACAGACUUCUGAUACAGCACAUCUCACCUCAGCCUUGCUUCUGUCUGACGCAGAACUGGUUUGCGCACCUCGCUGGCAAUGCUGGCAGCACGUACACAAACUAUGUGGAGAUGUGCCUGCAUGUCGUCCAAGGGCUCUCUUUUGCGAAAAUUGUCGAAUGCUUAGACUCUGGCAAUGCAAUUUGGAUUGCUGUCGGCGGGGCUCGCGAAAUGAACCCAUACAUAAGAAAGGUUCACACAGGAGCCGCGCGAAUAGCUCUGCAGGCAGCACGGCCUGGAUGUGAGGUGUUGCUUGUUCCACUUCAUAUGGCCUUCGAAGCACACUGCCAGUUCAACUCAGCUGUGCUGGUCGAGCUUGGGAAGCCGGUUCAUGUUGUCCAGGGGCUUGACCCCGACUCUGUGCAAGGGCGAGAAGAGGUGCACCACCUGAUGGCAGCUUUACGAGAGAACUUGCUUCCUCUGACGAAUUGGAUCCCAGCAAGUCUGGAUGUCGACUAUGGCAAGAAGGGAACCAGAGGAGUUGGGCAAACACGAUUGGCCGUUUCCGAGUGGUACCAGAUAAGAAUCAUCGACACGCUUGUUUGCUUGCAUGCUUGGUCGCUUGACUUUGGUGCGCUUCCUUGGCCGGUGCGUGUACAACAAGUGAGAGCAGUGGCUCAGCAUCUCAGUCAGCAGGACCACCAGCGCUUCCAGCAAGCAAGGAAUGCCUUCGGAAACUUCGCGGCUUGUGUGCAACAAGAGGGCAACCUUUUCUGCGGCGCAACAGGAACUUAUUGGGACAUGCCCGUAUCACUCAAGGCCAUUCCUCGCAGAAAUCCUUCUGAAGUACCCAACUUGACCCUUGCUGCCUUGCGCAAUUUUUGUGAUGGACCGCUUCGAUAUGCUAAACGCAGCAAAUCUGGUGUGCACAACUUGCCGGCUUUCUGCGCGGACAGUUUCGAAGUCCUUGUAGCUGAGGCUACGCGGUUUGUCGAUUCGCUAGCAUUGGCUGGGAGCAAAAGCGAGUCCAGCGAGUCAAGUCGAAACAAUGCCAGUGGGAUCUUCUUCUCAGGUCCGCAGCUGCCCAGUUCGCGAGACAGCCCGCGCUGGCAAGUUGGGCCCACGCCUACCUCCAUGGCGGCGGCGGCUGCAAGCGUGGCACUUGAUGCGAAUCCGUUCUGCGCAGUGCAGGUAGGUGUUGCGGCCAGCCCCAUGCGUGCGACUCUUGGCACUUGCUCCGCUCGAUCCGUGUCUCCGCAGCGUGCGGCGUGGAGCAUGACACUUCCUGCCCCUUCCAUGAGAGCCACGUCUCCGAUGUCUCCUGGCAGAGCUGCUCGACCUCUUGCGCAAGGUGUGGUGCAACCUGUGCAAUAUGUAGCGCAAGCUCCCGCGCACCCUGGACACGCUGGUGGACACCCCGGUGGACACCCUGGUGGACGCCCUGGUGGACACCCUGCUGGACAGCCUGGCGCACACCCUGGUGGACACCCUGGUGCACACCCUGGGGCACACCUUGGUGGACACAGUGGACACCCUGGGCAAACUGUGUGGACAACCCAUGUCCCAGCUCAUGCCCCAGCGCCGCACAGGCCAACGUCGGUUGGCAUAGCUUUUCCCGGUGUCGCUCUCGCCGACAGUCACCCAAGGAAGCUGACACUUCAACUCAGAAAGAAGCAGGUAGCCAAGCCAUCCAUCAGCAUGGAUCGUCCGCUCCUCCCAUGGAAUGCAGCCAUGUCAGAUGGUGCUGUCACACCAAAUGUUGAGAACGUGGGCAACCUCGCAAAGCAGGCUACCAUUGAUGCAUUGUCCUCCGCAGCAGGGGAAGCAGCCGCUCAGCAAUUGAUGCUGGGGCCUGGUGUCGCCUUGGCUCCGAGUUCCCAGACUGUCAGUGCUGUCGAGCAACAAGGUGUUGCACCUGUUCAAGGGGUGCUCUCGCAAAAGGCAUGCCACAGCCUCCGUACCUUCGUGUUGGAUGAGCUGCCUAAAGCGUGCCGGGCAGCUCGAGCCCAGCCGUCACAGAAGUUUUCCUUGUUCUCGCGGGACAUCAGGGAAACACAGGCAUCAACAACUGCACCGGAAACCCGUUUCGAGUUGCAAUUGCCACGCACAGACAUCACCGAAUCCGCCCUCGUCGAACUGCUGCAAGGUGAGGUGGGCAAAGCCCUUGAGGCUCUGGCAGGCGGCGCUGGUGCGAGCCUCUGGGAGUUCACGGCCAUGGUUGCCAUGCCGGGUGCCAUUCCGCAACGCUUGCACUGUGACACCGGGUCACCGUUACCAGCCUUGUUUACUGCGUUCGUGGCUUUGCAAGAUGUGGCCGACAACAUGGGACCAACACGGUUCCUCUUGCAAACGCAUAGUCAGACAGCGCACAGACGCUUCUCUGCAGACAAGACUUCCUUUCUCAACCAGGCUGUCUCGAGGAUCGCGCUGUUGCGCGCAGGAGAUGCCGUCGUUUAUGAUAGUCGGGUGUUGCACUGUGGCACAGAGAACAGCUCUGACAAGCCUCGGGUGCUGCUUGUGUUGACUGUUCGACACACAGACGAUGUCUCUGUCGAUCCUGCAACGCAAAGGUCCACAGCAGCCCCGAUUGUGCGGCACGUGGAAGGUGCAUGGCCAAUGUGCAAUCAGGGCAACGUGGGAUACCCGAAGGCAGUGCCACAAGCUUCGGCAAGAGAGUGUGCUCGAGGAAGCCCUGUUGCUUGUGGGACGCCUGUGGAGAGGAGUCGAGUCUUGGAGAGAGGCCUGGCGAGCCCCAUUUUGGAUGGGUCGAACCGACACAGCCCUUCACGUCUUCAUGGGGUGAGCCUAGACAGUCAAGCCGUGCGGGAACAGGCGGACAGGUCCAGUCGUUCCCCGGUUCGCGUUGUUGCGGGCCCGCCGAUGACAGGGCCAAGCUGCAAAGUUGACCUUGCGGAGACUGCGCGUGCUGCUGUGUCUCCAAAUCUCCAGGCUUCGGCAUCGGGUGGCACAGGUGACUAUUCACAAUCCAUAGACACGAGAUGGAACACCAAGUCUCCAAGUGGUAGCCUGCAAAGCCUUCCGGUUGCAAGUGGCUCUUGCAAGCUAAUUGGGCAAGGGGCUCCUUGCCCUGACCCAUUCCUGUCCACAGGACCAUCCGCAGCUCCUUUGUCGUCCAUGGCACGUACACCUGAUCCUCCCGGUGACGGAAGGGAUGGUCGGAAUGGUAGCUGGUCAGGCUUGGAUUCCCGUCAGAGCUUGACAUCAUCUUUCAGGGACAGCAGCAGCCCGCCGCACAUGCCACACUUUGGUUCGGCCAAGCUGCUCCAUUCAUUUCAUUCUAGCCUGACCUCCUCCAACAGCUCCGGCAAGCGACGGCCCCUUUCACCAGGGACCGCGGCAACUACCUGUGUAGUGCUGCCGCCCAGUCCCGAGAGCGACCCCCGCCAUCUCGAAACACUGGGGGCCCCUUUAUCAGAGGCUUUGGAUGUCCAUGAGGUUCCUGGCAAGUCUCAGAUCAAUGCCACCCUGUUCGAGCUGUUUUGCAUCCCAGUCUCUGAGCAAUCGGUUGCAGAGCACAUCAGUCAGGAGAUCGCAACCUACCCAGAGACUCUCUGGGACGAUUUGGUUCUCGUGCGCCCAGUGCAGGCGCUUGCAUGUGCAGUGGCUCGUUCCGUAUCCAGCUCGGGGCAGGCUAAGGAUGAAGCCCUUUUCAAAGCACAUCUCGGCGACGAGGAGGCUUAUGGAGGUUGGUGGAGGUCAGUUCUUGCCCGGUACGGGUUGUACAGCUCGGGCGAUACAAUCUCACCUGGGGAAGUUGCAGAUCUGAUAACAACAGCGUGUCGGGCUCUGCGGGACCAUUUUGCUCCGUCCAAAUACUUACGGAAUCUUCGUACAGUGCGGUCCGGAGCCAAGCGAGUGCAAGAUCGCUAUGACAGCUUCCGAUGCCUGUCCAGCUCGUCGUUCGCAAGGUCGUACCGUUGCCGGAGCCGCUUGAGCUUUGAGGAUCGUUUGUGCAGCCAGACGCGGAAAGGCAAGCUUGCAUCAUGUCCGGCAGACCAGCUUCGAGUUGAAGUGGAAGUGUUGAGAAGCUUGCAGCAUCCACAUCUUCCCCGCAUAGUGGAGAGCUUCGAGGAUUUCAACGACAUCUACAUCAUUUCAGAAAUUGUGGACAGCAUGCGGCUCCUGCAAUUUAUGCAGACGCGUCUGGAGAUGCGUGCUGGAGUCAGUGAGGGCUGGCUCGCGCAGGUGUUCAGGCAGAUUCUGGAGACCCUAGCAUACUGCCACCAGUUGAAGCCUCACAGCAUUGUGCACGGUGACAUCGGCUUGGACACAGUGGGCCUGGCAGCUGUGUCGGAUGCCGCUCAUUCACCACAUGUUGUGAUUUCGGACUUGGGCAUCGCCGGCACGAUUCCCUCACCCACGCCGGCUUCGGAGGAUUCAAGAAAACUGUCCUUGACCUCGCGCCGCUCAGAAUUCGGCGAAGAAUCGUGCAGCCCGAAGCACGACGUCUGGUGCUGCGGCUGCCUUCUAUACUUGCUGCUUACGGGGCAUGUUCCCGGGGAUGCAUUCUUCGGGGAUGCCUUCCGGCGGACGGCAAGCCCAGAUUGGACUCUCGUCCGCCAUGCCUCCGCGCAAGCAGAAGCGCUCUGCUCACGGAUGCUGGAGAGUGAUCCGGCCCGCCGACCGACUUCGGCGGACUGCCUUUGCUAUCCAUGGCUGCAGUCCGGCAGCAAGUUCUGCUUCAAGAUGAUCCCGAUGCAGAUUCUGGAAAAACUUGCACAAGUUGAAAAGCAAAGCCAAGAAUGCAAGGAGGUAGUGGCCGACGUUGUGGCUGAGUUCCGCUUGAGAUCGGUCUCGUGCGCGAGCACGAUCUUUGCAAAACUUGCAAUGCCCGCGCAAAGCUCGGGUGCUACGUUGGAGACUGCGCAGCUGAAGCCUUUUCUCUCCGCAGCUCCGCUGCUGCAGAUGGGGAUCUCCGUACCCUGUGUCGAGAAGGUCAUGAGGGCGUUUGCCAUCAACCCAUCCGGCCUGAUUGCGCACGGAAGCUUUGUGAAACGAUGCCUCGAACUGGCUGAAGAUCAGCUGGAUCGUGCUCUGUGGCGCCUUUUCGUUGCCGCCAAAGAGGAUGAAGUUGGAAUCCUGUCAGCCGGUCAGCUGGAAGAAGUUCUUGACGGUGCUUUGUCACAAGAUUUGGCUGGCCAUGGCGAGGAUGCGGAAGCACAAAGCAGCUGCGCCCGCGAGUACAUCCGUGCUGCGAUGGACCCCGAGCUCACAGCAAGUGAGGCCGUUCGCCAGAUCGCUCCAGGCAACGAAGUCAUCUUCGAAUCGCUGAAGGAGUUUGUGCUGCAGCGUCACAACCUGGCCUGCGCCGCUGCAGCAAAGCAAUCAGGCAUGGAGACGACGGGGCCGGGCCAUGACAAUGAUGAAGGUAAGGCUGCACAGAACUUGAGGCCUGUGAAGGAUCCAAUGAGGUAG